AUGAGGAUCCGGUGGUUCCUGCUGGUCAUUGGCGUCUGCAUGGGGCGUGUGCGCUCGCAGGACACCUGCAGGCAAGGACACCCUGGCAUGCCUGGGAGCCCAGGUCACAACGGCCUGCCUGGAAGAGAUGGACGAGACGGAGCCAAGGGCGACAAAGGGGACGCAGGAGAACCAGGACAUCCUGGAGACCCAGGGAAGGACGGAAGGAGUGGAGAGAAAGGAGAACCAGGAGCAGACGGAAAAGUUGAAGCAAAAGGCAUGAAAGGCGAUCCUGGCUCACGGGGGUCUCCAGGGAAGCAUGGACCCAAAGGAUCCGUGGGCCCGGUGGGAGAGCCAGGCCUCCAGGGAGAGCCAGGCCCUCAGGGGCCGAAGGGGGAGAAAGGUGAUGUGGGCCCCAGGGGGCCGGAAGGCCUGACCGGAGACCCUGGACCUGCAGGCCCGAUGGGCUUGCGUGGCCCUGUAGGCCCCAUAGGCAAACCCGGCCCCAAAGGAGACGCUGGCCCCGUGGGACCCCAGGGUGAGCCAGGAGUCCGAGGAAUGAGGGGCUGGAAGGGGGAUCGAGGGGAAAAAGGGAAAAUCGGGGAGACUCCAGUGACGCCCAAAAGUGCGUUCACGGUGGGCCUCACGGUGCUGAGCAAGUUCCCAGACGCCGACGUGCCCAUCAAGUUCGACAAGAUCCUGUACAAUGACCUCAACCACUACGACGUGACCACGGGGAAAUUCACCUGCCGCGUCGCCGGCGUCUAUUACUUCACCUACCACAUCACGGUCUUCUCCCGGAACGUCCAGGUAUCCUUGGUCAAAAACGGGGUGAAGGUACUGCACACCAAGGACGCCUACAUGAGCUCGGAGGACCAGGCUUCGGGCGGCGCGGUCUUGGAGCUGAAGCUGGGGGACGAGGUGUGGCUGCAGGUGGCUGGAGGAGAGCGCUUCAAUGGCUUGUUUGCCGACGAGGACGACGAUACCACCUUCACUGGCUUCCUGCUGUUCAGCACCUAG